UCACAAAAACCCUCUAAAAAAUACAACCAUUUUAUAAAAAACUUGAUGGAUUCUCCUAGUUCUUCAUCCAUGCUAAACUAUUGCUACCACGAGUUUUUUGCGGAUGGCGAUGGUUCAACCGAUGAGGAGGUUGAGCAAGAGGCGGUUACGGGUGCUUGUAAACUAGCGAUGAGAUAUGUCGAGCAUUGUCGUCGCCCCCAAGCAAAAAAAGGUAAAAGAGGUUAUAUUGAACGAGACCGACGCGGGGCACACGAUCGUUUGAUGAAAGAUUAUUUUGAUGAGGAGCCGACAUAUUCGAACGAAAUGUUUAGGCGUCGUUUCCGAAUGAGUAAGCGGUUAUUUCUACGCAUAGUCCACGACUUGGAAGCCAACUACGAUUAUUUUAAACAAAAAGCGGAUGCGAGAGGGGAACUUGGAUUUACCGGUAUCCAAAAGUGUACCUCGGCGUUACGAAUCCUUGCUUAUGGAAACACUACCGACAUCAAUGACGAGUAUCUAAAAAUGGCGGAGAAAACAACGAGAGAUAGCUUGGAGCAUUUUUGUCGCGGUAUAAUUGAUGUGUACGGUGCGCGUUAUCUUAGAACGCCCACAUGGGACGACCUUCAAAAGAUCUACGAGGUACAUAAUGCUGAGCAUGGUUUGCCUGGUAUGAUCGGGAGCAUAGAUUGCAUGCAUUGGCGUUGGAAUAACUGCCCGACUGCAUGGCGAGGCCAACACACACGGGGUGACAAAAAAGGACCCACUAUUAUUCUUCAGGCGGUUGCUUCAUAG